GUCGGGUUGCGCCUGCGCGAUUCUACACGUGUUCUGCAAACAACUUUUCCAAAAGUGAAAAGUUUGACCGUUUCUAUGGACUGAACCGAGUCGGUCUGGACUGUUCCGCACUAACACGUGUUUAUUCGGGGUGUUUCGGGUCGGGUUUGGGAAUAAUAUUCAACACAAUGUCGCCAACGAUAUAUCAGAGUUCCGCCGCUGGUGGAGAUGUCUCUCUUCUGGACGAACUCACGGAUCUUCUUCAGCACAGGAUUCUGGUUUUGGACGGAGGGAUGGGGACGAUGAUCCAGCAGAGAUACCUGGAAGAGGAGCAUUUUAGAGGUCAAGAGUUCAAAGAUCAUCCCAAGAGUCUGAAGGGCAACAAUGAUAUUCUGAGCAUCACUCAACCUGAUGUCAUCUACAGCAUACACAAGGAGUAUCUUCUGGCAGGUGCUGACAUCAUCGAAACAAACACGUUCAGCAGCACCAGCGUCGCUCAGGCUGAUUAUGGGAUGGAGGACCUGGCGUAUCGGUUGAAUAAGGCAUCCGCGGAACUCGCCAGAAAGGCGGCCGAUGAUGUCACUGCGCAAACAGGUUGUAAGCGGUUUGUAGCCGGAGCCGUCGGUCCCACCAAUAAAACUUUGUCUGUGUCGCCGUCAGUGGAGAGACCGGACUUCAGGAAUAUCACGUUUGAUGAGCUGGUAGAUACAUACUCCGAGCAGGUCAAAGGUCUUCUGGAUGGUGGUGUUGAUAUUCUGCUGGUGGAGACCAUCUUUGAUACGGCAAAUGCAAAGGUGGCUUUAUUUGCAAUCGACAAACUUUUUGAAGACUCUUAUAAAGCCCGACCCAUAUUUAUUUCUGGCACUAUAGUAGAUAAGAGCGGUCGGACUCUCUCGGGUCAGACAGGUGAAGCGUUCGUCAUCAGUUUGUCUCACAUUAAACCGUUGUGCAUUGGUUUGAAUUGUGCUCUGGGUGCAUCUGAAAUGCGUCCGCUUAUUGAAGCGAUAGGAAAGAGCACUGGAGCUUUCGCCAUCUGUUACCCAAACGCAGGUCUGCCAAAUACAUUUGGAGGGUACGACGAGACCCCUGAUGUCACGGGCGCACAUUUAAAGGAGUUUGCUGUGGACGGUUUGGUGAAUGUUGUUGGCGGCUGCUGUGGAACGACGCCGGAGCACAUCCGGGCGAUUGCUGACGGUGUCCGUCACGUCCAACCCAGAGUUCCUCCGAAAGACGUUUAUAAUGAUCAUAUGCUGCUCUCAGGUCUGGAGCCGUUCCGAAUCGGUCCGUACACAAACUUCGUGAACAUCGGAGAGCUGUAGCGUGGCGGAUCACGCAAGUUUGCCAAACUCAUCAGCGGAAAUUAUGAGGAGGCGCUGAGUAUCGCUAAAGCUCAGGUGGAGAUGGGCGCUCAGGUUCUGGACAUUAACAUGGAUGAGGGGAUGCUGGACGGGCCGACUGCCAUGACCCGCUUCUGUAACCUCAUCGCAUCUGAGCCCGACAUCUCCAGGGUACCCCUGUGUAUCGACUCGUCCAACUUUGCGGUGAUAGGCGGGCUUAAGUGUUGCCAGGGAAGUGUAUCGAUCAACAGCAUCAGCCUCAAAGAAGGCGAGGAAGACUUCCUGCUACGGGCCAGACAGGUCCGGCGCUACGGUGCCGCUGUGGUUGUCAUGGCGUUUGAUGAGGAGGGGCAGGCGACAGAAACAGAUGAGAAGGUGAGGAUCUGCUCAAGAGCGCUUCACCUCCUCAUCAGCAAGGUGGGCUUCAACCCAAAUGACAUCAUCUUUGACCCCAACAUCCUGACCAUUGGCACAGGCAUGGAUGAGCACAGCAUGUAUGCCAUCAACUUCAUCAGAGCCACGAGACUUUUAAAGGAGAGUUUGCCGGGUGCUCGGGUCAGUGGAGGUCUUUCUAACCUCUCGUUCUCCUUCAGAGGGAUGGAAGCCAUCAGAGAAGCCAUGCACGGAGCCUUCCUCUACCACGCCAUUAAGGAUGGGAUGGAUAUGGGAAUCGUGAAUGCUGGCAGUCUGCCGGUGUAUGACGACAUUGAUAAAGAACUUCUGCUGCUAUGUGAGAACCUGAUCUGGAACCGAGAUCCAGAAGCCACUGAGAAACUGCUGCUGUAUGCACAGAAUAACGCUAAAGGAGGAAAGAAAGUGAUUCAGACGGACGAGUGGAGACUCAACAGUGUGGAGGAAAGACUUGAGUACGCUCUUAUAAAGGGUAUUGAGAAGUAUGUAGUGCAGGACACAGAAGAGGCACGAGCUCAGAUGGACCGAUACCCACGACCGCUGCACGUCAUCGAGGGUCCGCUCAUGAACGGCAUGAAGACUGUAGGAGAUCUGUUCGGAGCGGGGAAGAUGUUCUUACCUCAGGUGUACCGUACUGAUGUCAUCGGUCUGUCUGGUUUGAUCACUCCGUCUCUGGAUGAAAUGAUUUAUGUUGCUAAAGAAAUGGAGCGUUUGGGGUUGAAGAUUCCUCUGUUGAUCGGCGGAGCCACGACAUCAAAGACUCACACGGCUGUUAAAAUAGCUCCACGCUACAGCGCACCAGUCGUCCAUGUACUUGACGCGUCUCGCAGUGUAGUUGUGUGUGCUCAGCUGUUGGAUGAAGUUGCUCGUGAAGAUUUCUUCGAGGAGAUCAAAGAGGAGUAUGAAGACGUCCGACACGAUCACUAUGAUUCACUGAAGGAUAGAAGAUUUUUGUCGCUGAAUCAGGCCAGAGAGAAAGGCCUCCAUAUCGACUGGCUGUCUCAACCAAGACCAGUGCGGCCGCAGUUCCUGGGCACACACGUGUUUGAGUCGUAUGACCUGCGGGCGCUGGUGGAGUUCAUCGAUUGGAAACCAUUCUUCGACGUUUGGCAGCUGAGGGGGAAAUAUCCCAAUCGCGGCUACCCCAAAAUAUUCAAGGACAAAACUGUGGGUGAGGAAGCUCGUCGUGUCCAUGACGACGCUUUGAAGCUGUUGAAUCGUUUGAUUGACAGCAGGGGUCUUCAGGCCCGCGGGCUGGUGGGGUUCUGGCCCGCUCAGAGCGACGGUGAUGAUAUACACCUGUACUCUGAUGAUGUCACAUCACCUGUCGGCACAUUCUACGGCCUCAGACAACAGGCAGAGAAAGACUCGGCGAGCUCGGAGCCGUACUUGUGUCUGUCAGAUUUCGUGGCUCCUCGCGGCAGCGGCGUUCAGGAUUACGUGGGUCUGUUCGCUGUGGCCGUGUUUGGAGCAGAAGAGCUCAGUCUGAAGUUUGAACAGCAGGGAGACGAUUACAGCAGCAUCAUGGUCAAAGCGCUCGCGGAUAGACUGGCUGAGGCGUUUGCAGAAGAGGUGCAUGUUCGUGUGCGGAGGGAUCUGUGGGGUUACAGCAGUGAGGAACAUCUGCCUGCGACUGACCUGCACCGGCUACGAUAUGAGGGGAUACGUCCUGCCGCCGGUUACCCCAGUCAACCCGACCACACCGAGAAACACACCAUGUGGAAACUCGCAGACAUACAGGAGAAAACCGGUAUUGGUUUAACGGAGUCUCUGGCGAUGAGUCCAGCUGCAUCCGUGUCAGGACUGUAUUUCUCCAACCCCAAAUCUUCCUACUUUGCUGUGGGUAAAAUCACUAAAGAGCAGGUGGAGGACUACGCAUGUAGGAAACAAAUGGACGUGUCCGAGGUGGAGAGAUGGCUCGCGAUCCUCGGCUACAACACCGACUGAUGCUAAAACCUCAGUAGACAAACAAACUGGAUCUCCAGAGUUCAGGGCGAGAUUUUAGAAACGUGUCACGCUACCUUUACAGAUCAAAUAUUGGCCCAAAUUAGGGAUUUUUGUCUCAAAGGGUCCAAACAAAUCAACUUUUACCUUCACACUACAUAACUCUAAUUUUAAUUUCUAUUUUUAAUGGCACUUAUAUUUUAUGUCUAGGCCUGUUUAUUUUAUAGGUCGAUUGAUCGUGAAACUUUAUUAGACGUUUUAAAGAAAAAUGUAGCAGUUUUGAUUGUGUCAUCAUAUGAGGUUUGAGUAUCGAUAUUAAACUGCCGGAUUAAAAUCACAAGAACCUGAAAUGCAUUAUAUUUUUAGCCUUUUAGAAAUCAUUUACGUCACAGUUUUGUGUUGAUGUCACUUAAGAUUGUUCCAAUGAAACACUUUGUUUCGCCUUUUGACAUUUUAAACGACUUUCACAUUUCCGAUGAAACCCAAAUAAAACCUC